AUGCAGAACUUGGACAAAGCUGAGGAGAUCUCGUGGAGACAAAAGUCUAGAUGCCGGUGGCUCAAAGAAGGAGACAACAACACUAAAUACUUCCAAAAAUUGGCCAAUUCAAAUAGAAGACACAGCAGUAUCGACAAGCUCAAGGUGGGCAGUGAAGUAAUUGAUGACAAGGAGUUGAUCAAGGAAGAAAUCCUAAAUUACUACCAUAACCUGUAUGCUGAAAAUGAAGUUUGGAGACCUACAACAAAUUUUGAGGAGGUGGCCAAAAUUUCAGCAGUUGACAACGAAAUGCUAGAAGCAGUUUUCGAUAAAGAAGAAGUUCAUGCUGUUAUCCAGUCUUGUGCACCAGAUAAAGCACCAGGUCUAGAUGGGUUUACCAUGGUUUUCUUUCAAAAAGCAAGGGACUUUAUCAAGCCAGAAGUAUUGGGGGCUCUCAACCACUUCCACCAACACUGCCAUAUGAUCAAAUCAUGCAAUGCUUCAUUCAUUGCACUUCUUCCCAAGAAGAAAGGAGCUAUGGAGUUGAGAGACUAUAGGACAAUUAGCCUCAUAGGAAGUGUGUACAAAAUUAUCUCGAAGCUUCUAGCAGAGAGAUUGAAGAAGGUUAUUGGCAAGCUGGUCUCUUCCCAUCAAAAUGCCUUCAUAAAACACAGCCAAAUCACAAACGCCUCACUGAUUGCCAAUGAAACCCUUGACUGGAGGAUUAAAAUCCGUGAACCUGGUGUAAUGUGCAAACUUGACAUAGAAAAGGCAUUCCACCUGCUAAACUGCAAUGGAAGGACUAACAUCGGGAACUCAGUCACAGUGUCACAUUUGCUAUAUGCUGAUGAUACACUCAUCUUUUGUGAGCCUGUUACAUCACAACUUCUGUAUUUGAAUUUGGCAUUUCUUCUCUUUGAAGCACUAUUAGGUUUACAUAUCAACAUGUUGAAAAGUUUCAUAUACCCGGUCAAUGAUGUGCCUAACCUAGAGGAACUGUCCAACACUAUGGGUUGUACAAUCGGGUCAUUUCCCACCACCUAUCUAGGUCUCCCUCUUGGUGCCAAAUACAAGAACACUGAAAUCUGGAAUGGGAUCAUUGGAAAGUUUGAAAAGAGAUUGGCAGCUUGGCAGAUGCGGUAUCUCUCCAUGGGAGGGAGACUAAAUCUCAUCAAUAGUGUCCUUGAUAGCAUCCCCACUUACUACAUGUCAUUAUUUCCCAUCCCUAGCAAGGCUGGGAAUGAUUUGAACAUUAGUUUCUGGAAGGAUAAAUGGUUAAACAAUAUUCCACUCAUGGAGGUCUAUCCAAAUUUUUUCCAGAUUGCCCAAGAUAAGAAUUCCUCUAUUGCUCAAAACAGAUGUGGAAACAGUUGGAAUGUAUUAUUCAGAAGAUAUGUUCAAGAUUGGGAGUUAGAUAGUGUGUUAGAAUUACUAGCUAGUUCGGAGAGGUGCACCAUUGAUGAAACCAAAGCUGACAGACUAAGUUGGGGAGACAACAAACUUUUCACUGUGAAGGAAUGCUACCAGCUUUUAAGUUCUCUGAAUCAUAUAAUUGAUUCCUGGCCUUGGAAGCAAAUCUGGAAGACCAAAAUGCCUGCAAAGGUCAUCUGCUUCAGCUAG